UUCAUAUGUGUGUGCAGAAACCCUCGGUCAGGUAAGGCGGAGGUGCAGGAGGAGGGUGGACGGAGGAUAAAAGGCGGGUGACAGCCUUCAUUCACUGCAGAUCAGUCAGGAGGAUGAGUAGGACGAUGUGGUGGCUGGUGGCCUCUGUGGCCUCGACCCUCCUCACUUGCCUGGCUAAUGGAGCUCCAUUGAAGGUGAUGUCAGCCCCCAACUUGUUGCGUGUAGGUACAGCAGAACAAAUCUUUGUGGAGUGUCAAGACUGCACUGGAGGAGACAUCAACGUCGUCAUCAGCGUGUGGAGCCAUCCAACCAAAAACAGAGAGCUGGCUAACAUAGCUGUGACACUCAAUGCUGGUAAUCAUUUCCAGCAGCUUGGACGAAUAACGAUCCCUGCUGGAGACUUCAGUAGGGAGGCCAGCACGAAGCACUAUGUGUACCUAAAAGCUCAGUUUCCUGACCGAGUGCUGGAGAAAGUGGUCAUGCUGUCCUUCCAGUCUGGGUACAUCUUCAUACAGACUGAUAAGACCCUCUACACCCCAAAAGACAAAAUUCUUUACAGGAUGUUUGCUGUGACGCCUCGUAUGGAGCCAGUGGGUGCGGAUGCUCAAAACCAACCUCAAGUUUCUAUUUCCAUCGAAAUUGUGACCCCCGAAGGUGUCAUUGUACCACGUGAUCCAGUCAGUUUAAUAUCCGGAAUCCACUCUGGGGAUUACCAACUUCCGGAAAUUGCUAGUCCUGGACUGUGGAAGGUGGUGACAAGGUUCCACAGCAACCCUCAUCAAAGCUAUUCUGCAGAGUUUGAGGUCAAAGAAUACGUGCUGCCCAGCUUUGAAGUUAAACUGAAACCUACGAGUUCCUUCUUCUACGUAGACAGUGAAGAGUUCACCGUCAACAUCGAGGCUAAGUAUCUGUUUGAUGAAUGGGUGGAUGGGACCGCCUUCGUGGUAUUUGGGGUCAUUCAAGAGGAUCAAAAGCAAAGCUUCCCAAGUUCUCUUCAGAGAGUGCCGAUCACGAGAGGUCAUGGAGAGGUCACACUGAAGAGAGAGCAUAUCACAAACACUUUCCCAGAGAUCCUUGACCUGGUGGGGACAUCCAUGUUUGUGGCCGUCAGUGUGCUGACGGACAGCGGUGGUGAAAUGGUGGAGGCAGAGUUGAGAAACAUCCAGAUUGUCCAAUCACCUUACACCAUUCUCUUCAAGAAAACUCCCAAAUAUUUCAAACCUGGAAUGUCCUUUGAUGUUAUGGUUGAAGUCGAGAAUCCUGACGGCAGUCCGGCAAAAGGCGUGAAAGUGGUUGUGGAACCAGGUUCGGAGGAGAGCUCCACCGGGGACAAUGGCCUGGCAAAGCUUACUGUCAAUACAAAGGCAGAGACCCCAAACCUGCAAAUCACCGCAAAGACCAGUGAUCCUGCUAUUAGGCCUGACAGACAAGCAUCAGCCUCCAUGGAGGCUCUCGCAUAUACAACAAACAGCAAAAGCUAUAUCCACAUAAGUGUUGAUGCCGCUGAGCCAAAGUUAAAAGAUAACAUGAAGAUCAGCCUUAAUCUCGAGCGGCAGGAAACACACAACACUGAUAUCACAAUCCUGAUCUUGAGCAGAGGUCAGCUGGUGAGCUUUCGUCGUCACAAGAUAGAAGGUCAAACCCUUAUUUCCCUGAUUGUUUCUAUCACCAAAGAAAUGCUCCCGUCGUUCCGCAUCGUAGCCUACUACCAUACAAACGCCAAUGAAGUGGUGUCAGACUCUGUUUGGGUGGAUGUUAAGGACUCCUGCAUGGGCUCGCUGAAGCUUGAACCAACAACACCCCGAUACUCCUAUGAGCCCGGCAGGUCGUUUGUCCUGAAGGUCACAGGAGAUCCAGAAGCCAAAGUUGGACUGUUGGCGGUCGACAGAGGCGUCUACGUCCUCAACAAUAAGCACCGUCUCACCCAGAAAAAGGUGUGGGACAUUGUAGCGAAGUACGACACAGGCUGCACACCAGGUGGAGGAAAGGACGGUAUGGGUGUGUUUUACGAUGCUGGGCUGAUGUUUGAGUCCAGCGCGGCGUCUGGGACUCCCUACAGACAAGAAUUGAAAUGUCCGACCCCCAGCAGGAGGAAACGAGCCACUACUAUCGCGGAGGUCACAACCAGCUUACUGAGUCAAUAUAAAAACAACCAGCUGCAGCGUACCUGUUGUUUGGAUGGCAUGAAGGAAACCCUUCUCAGCUACACGUGUGAGAGGCGCAGCGAGUACAUCAAUGAUGGAGAAGCUUGUGUCACAGCGUUCCUGCGCUGCUGCAAGGAGAUGGAAACCCAGCGAGCUGAGAGGAAGGAGGACAGCCUGCUACUGGCUCGCAGUGAGGAGAAUGACAACAGUUACAUGGACAGCAACUACAUUGUUUCUCGCAGCAAGUUCCCUGAAAGUUGGCUGUGGUUAGACAUCGACCUGCCUGCUUGUCCUAAUCAAACACCUAAUUGUGAGACCACAUCAGUCACAAAAAACGUUGCUUUGCAAGACUCAAUCACAACCUGGGAGUUGACUGGCAUUAGUCUGUCAAAAACUCACGGAAUCUGUAUUGGCGAUCCGUUGGCGGUAAUUGUUCGGAAAGAAUUCUUCAUUGAUCUGAGGCUGCCGUACUCUGCUGUCACUGGAGAGCAGCUGGAAGUCAAGGCAAUCCUCCACAACUACAGCCCCGAUAUCAUCACCGUGCGUGUGGAUCUGAUUGAGGCGGCGCAUCUGUGCAGCGCAGCCUAUAAACGUGGAAAGUAUCGUCAGGAGGUCAGAAUAGGACCACAAACUACACGCUCUGUGCCGUUUGUUGUUAUUCCUAUGAAAGAAGGAGAACACCGCAUGGAGGUCAAAGCAGCUGUGAAAGAUUCGUCGCUGCAUGAUGGAAUCUGGAAGAAUUUGCGGGUGGUGCCUCGAGGUGAACUGGUUACGUCUCCUCAAAGUGUAACUCUUGACCCCUCUAAAAAUGGAAUUGCUGGUAAACAAGAAGAAACUCUCAACAGUAGAAUUCCUGAGGCAGAUUUGAUUCCGGGCACACCGACUAUCACACAGGUCUCUGUGACAGGGAGAGAACAAAUUUCCACAAUAGUGAGCGCCGUUGGCGGGUCCUCUAUGGAUAGUCUGAUCCAACAACCCUCAGGCUGUGGAGAGCAGAACAUGAUAAAAAUGACCCUACCUGUCAUUGCAACAACUUAUUUGGACAGAACCAACCAGUGGGAAACUGUGGGCUUUGACCAACGUAACAAAGCUCUCGAACACAUCAAGACCGGCUACCAGAACGAGCUAAUUUACCUUAAAGGUGAUGGGUCUUUUGCUGUGUUCACCGGCGAACAAAUAAGUGGCACCUGGCUGACAGCCUACGUUGCCAAGGUGUUUUCCAUGGCCUACAGUCUGGUGUCUAUGCGAAAGAAUCACAUCUGUGACGCUAUAAAGUAUCUGAUUCUCAAUACGCAGCAACCUGAUGGCGUGUUUGUAGAAAAAGGGCGUGUGGUCAUGGGAGAGAUGAUUGGGGAUGUUCGCGGCAAAGAUUCAGAUGCCUCCAUGACGGCCUUCUGCCUCAUUGCCAUGCAGGAGUCACGCGCGCUAUGUGGUGACACUGUUAAUACUGCAGGCAGUAUAAACAAUGCAGUAACCUACCUGGAAAGACGUCUGCCCAACCUCGUCAACCCAUAUGCUGUUGCCAUGACGUCAUAUGCUCUGGCAAAUGAAGGCAAACUGAACCAUCAGAUCCUCUACAACUUUGUAUCCCCCGAGCGAAACCACUGGCAAACCUCUGGUGGAGGUGUUCACACUCUGGAGGCCACAGCUUAUGCUCUGCUUGCUCUGGUCAAAGCCGAGAAAUUUGAAGAUGCCAAACCUGUUGUGAGAUGGUUCAACGAGCAGCAGAGAUAUCACGGAGGCUAUGGAUCAACUCAGGCGACCAUAAUGGUGUACCAGGCAAUAGCAGAGUACUGGGCCGGCUCUAAAGAACCAGAGUACAGUCUGGAUGUGGACAUUCUUUUUGAGGGUAGGACAAAUGCCGACCCAUUCAAGUUCACCAGGGAAAAUUACUACACCACCAGAACAUCUAAAUCCGUUAGCAUAAACCAGAAUGUUACAGUGACUGCCACCGGUUCAGGAGAAGCAACAAUAAGGAUGGUGUCGCUGUAUUACACUCGGCCUAAAGAAAAGGAGAGCGACUGUCAGAAGUUUAACUUGUCCGUGCAGCUCCUCCCAGAGAAAAUGGAUGUGGACCCAAAGGUUUACAAGCUGAAAAUAGAGGUUUUGUAUAAGGACACCGAGCGUGAUGCAACCAUGUCAAUCUUGGAUAUUGGCUUGCUAACCGGCUUCACUGCUGACAUAAAUGACUUGAACCGACUGUCCAAAGGACCUGCUCGCACUAUUGCAAACUAUGAGAUGAACACAGUUCUGUCAGAUAGAGGCUCACUCAUCAUCUACCUGAACAAGGUUUCUCACACGCUGCCUGAGGAGAUCACUUUUAGGGUCCAUCAGACGAUGAAAGCAGCUGCCCUUCAACCAGCUGCUGUGUCUGUUUACGAUUACUAUGACGAAAAACGUUGUGUGAAAUUCUACCAUCCAGAGAGGGAAGCUGGCAUGUUAACACGGCUCUGUAAAAAGGACCAAGAUGAGUGCACAUGUGCUGAAGAGAAUUGCAGUAUGCAGAAGAAGGACCAAGUCAGCAAUGAUCAGCGCACAGAAAAGAUAUGUGAGACUGAAGUUAACAACCAAAUAGAUUUUGCGUACAAAGUGAAAGUGGAACUGUCUGAAGAAGAUCCGUCCAUUGAUGUGAACACUGUGCGAGUUCUGAAAACCAUCAAAGAAGGAAGCAAGGACGUGCGUCCUGUGAAUAAACUGCGCACAUUCAUCAGUCUUCCGCAUUGCAGGGAGUCGUUGGAUUUGAGAUUAGGCAAAACGUACCUUAUCAUGGGCUCAUCCCGAGAUAUCACAGCAAAGGAAAAUGACCAAUCGUUUCAGUAUUUUCUUGGAGGGAGAACCUGGAUUGAGUAUUGGCCCACAAACGCAGAGUGUCAAAAGGAUGAAUACAGACCUACCUGUGCGGGCAUUGAAAAUAUGGUCGACCAGUACGAAACGUUUGGGUGUCAGCAGUAGUGAAACUAAACAAAAUAAUGUUUUUCAAAUUAUUUGUGUUGGAAUUUGACCCUUUUAUGUAAAUCUUUCCAGAUUAUGAAAUCUAUUAGGGCCAACAAUGUUGCACUGUAUUAAUUAAAAUUGGAUGGACUCAAUAUUUCUUGCUGUCAUCUUCACAGAUUAAAGUUACUGUUACUUACUGUAAUGUUGGUUGUUGCGAUAAACGAUGAUGUCAACUUGUAGAAGUUGACAAGUAGAAGUUUGACUAUAUUGAGCGAGCUCAGUUGGGUGAUAUGUAUCAGGGGCCGUUUAGGACCUAACUACUGAGACACUGUCAUGCACACUACUGAGACGCGUAAGAGUGUCUCAGUAGUUAAGUCCUAAACGGCCCUUCAUUGAUAUGGGGUCAGAUUAGUCUUAAUAAUUGCAAAUGCACACAGAACGACUCACAAAUGCAAACAGGAAUGUUCACAAAUGCGCACAGAUUAAUAAAAAAAUGUAUUCGAUUCACAAAUGCACACAGAAGGAUUUACAAAUACAUUUCAAUGCACACAGAUGGAUACAUUAUGAUUCAUAUUUGCAGAUCACAGUGCAUUUAUUUGCGGAGAGCUUUACAUUUGUGUGUGGGUUUUUUGCGACUUGUCUUGCGUUGCAGAUCCACAAAUGUGUUUUUUUUUUUCAACAUGGACCGAUCUGUAGCCAAUCACAUGAGCGCGGCUCCCUCCUCCCCAUGUGACUUUCAGCGAUACAUCGCCUGCACUGUAUCGCUGAAAGUCAAGUGAAACAUUAUUAAUGUAGCAAUCCUUGUUGUAAGACAUGACAUGUUCUUGAACAAUUAAUUAUUAGUUUUGAUACGUUGGCGGAGUAAAUUCCGGGUGGAACAUCUUCUGGUCUUGAAGUGGCUGGGGAGCUUCAAUUUGAAGAAGCAGGUGAAUUGGGAUUACGACCUCAACCACGAGCUUUUUCCUCCAGCAGCUCCCUCCAAACCCAGAACCUCAUGAGGUCACGGAGCACCUCCGCUGAUGGAAGAGAGAAUGUUAUGCAUGCAACACCUCAAAUGCAUUUAUUUGAAAUGUGAGCUUGCCAAUAUAUCAUAAAACAUCA